AUGUCCAUUUUAGUAGACAAAUUUCUUGACUCCAAAAAUGGGUUUCUUGUUAACGACUCCUGCAUCAUUGUUGCCAAAGUUUCUGUGAUUAACAACAAUAGCUCGCUUGGCAGCAGGUUAAUAGAUUUAAAUGAUGGAGGGAAAAUAAAAAAGGUUCAUCUUGAAUUGCUCGAUAAAGCAUGUUCAAAGCACCCUUCUAUUAUUGAAAGCCUUAUAAGGAGUAGCCAAAGGUUCAUUGAACGUGGAUUCACAGCUUUGGGAAGAGUUCUGUAUUUUCUCAAGACUAAGAAAAUGAAGGAUAUGAUGAAUGACGAUGCUGCUCGUAAAGAGCUUCAGGAUUUAUGGGAUGAAGUUGAGAGAGUUGGAUUUGAUGAUUUGACAUGGCUUGAGCCUCAUGUUAGAUCAGCACUGAGUAUGAAAGAUUAUAUUCAGAGAGAAGAGGUAGUGACAAAGCUGAAGGGAAAUGUGGUGGAUCUUGAAGAUAGGGUUAAGAGGGCAAAAAGGGAAUUGGAAAUUGCUGAAAAAGACUUUGAUAAGAGAGAUUUGAAUGAUGCAUUAGCUCAUGGAAUAUCCUAUCUGUAA